AUCGCCAUUGGAGUUGCAGGAGACGCCAAAACUGUUAAUGAUUGGAAGAAUGUUGUGAUGACAAUCUGCUUCCAGAAAAUAUUUGGCGCAAUUGCAAUGGGAAUAGCAGUGCUGAGAAUGAUCCCGCCGGAUCGCCACCUCUCGUCCACCAUAGCUUAUGCAUUUGCAUUUGCCAUUGCCAGUCCAGUUGGCGUUUCCAUUGGGAUUGUGAUCCACGCCACAACUCAAGGUUCUGUUGCGGACUGGAUUUACUCAAUCUCAAUGGGCCUUGCCAAAGGUUCUUUCAUAUACAUUUCCCAUAACCAUCUGCUCUCCAAGGGUUACGGGCCUCAGCCGCCGGUGGCCGUGGAAAAGCCUUAUCAUAAGUUCCUGGCCCUUCUUCUUGGCAUCGGAGUCAUUGCACUUGCAAACAUCUCAUCUCAUCUGCGCCCAGAAAUCUAA